AUGAAUCCCAGUACACCUCCAUUUACCUCACCCGAGAAAUCCGAGAGCUAUUUUCCUACUUGUAGAACUCCUGAAACUUCAGCACGCACUCGUUCGAUUAGCAAGAGGGGUGGAAAAGACAAGAGCAGGAGUAGAAAAAGUUCUUGUUCAAAGAUUCCAAGUAGACCUGGUUCAACUAGAUCUCAUGCUUCGUCUUUGAUUCGUACGAGUCCGAUUGCCUUUGCCCUUACUGGUGCUGGUGGUGGUAAGAUGGGUUCAUGUUAUAGAGACAAUCCUAGUAUCUCUUCAUCGGAUUCAGAUUCAACGAUUAGGGAAAGGAUCGCGGAGGCAAUGGAUACAAAUCAAUUUGCCAUGCCUGAUUGUGAUAUUCCGCUACCUCCACAGACUGAGACUAGAAGCAUUGCAGCAGACAUAGGUAGUCCUCUCACAAACAAGAGAAAGAGUUCACCCACUACCGCUAUUUCGCCACCUGGGCCUACUUUCAUUAAGGGUGUCAUUUCUCAGAUGAAAUCGCCCCAACUUUGCUCUGGAACGAUCGCUUCUUCGGCUGUCAUGAAGCCAGUACUCACGUCUGACGCAUCGUAUACACCAAUACAAGUUUCUACGGCACCCUCAACACCUAGUGCUACUCGCAAACCCGCAGAAUCAUUCCUAUCACGUCCCGUACAAAAGAAAACUGAAUCCACGCCACUACUCCCAAAGCGACAUCGUUCCUCCACUGGGCCAUCUCGUCACGUUGUUUCAACCAGCGCUCCAAGUGAAUUCUAUGAGUACCACACCAUUAACGGUAUUAUUGAUCUCCCAUUCGCCUCCAAGAAAUUUUCAUCUGGAGAUAGCUCUGGCUACGGUUCCGGUGUUUCUGGUUCUGGAUCGACCCCUUCGUUUCGCACGUCUCGCGCGUUCCUUAAAAACAUACACCAGGGCUUUGUACAUAACGUGAGGCCCAGAGUCCUUGGUGCUUAUAUUUUGUUUGGAGGCUCCAUCAUCUGGCUUGUAUGGAUGACAUCGAGCAGAAUCCUAACAGGCAAGAAAGAAAAUCCGGGUCAUGGCCAUGGUGGAAUUGGUGGACACGUUCCUCCAUAUGGAAUGAAUAUCCCUACGCUGACUCCAUCUUUCCCUACUCAACCUAUCGAGGAGCUUAUGUCUUUUGACGAGCCAUACCUCUUUACUUGGGGUGUCAACGAUGGUCAGGUAUCACACAAUUCCCGCAAGUCACGCCCCAAUCCACCCUCAAAGUGCGAACCAGAAGAGAGCUUUUGGGAUACCUUAUGUGGGGCCUUUGUGAGUUUGGUGUGGCUACUUGGUGUAAUUCUUGUUAUACUUUUUAUCCGUACGCUGCUCGAACAUUUGGCUUUAAUAUUUUCUUCCAGUGGUGAGGUAGCUGAUGGGGGUUGGAAUGAAAAGAUGUGA